ACUAGAAUUAACAAGAAAUAUUUUAUUUGAAACUCGAAAAAAUUGAUGGGCCACGUUCAAGACUAAUUGAAUAAGAAAAAAGUAUGUGCCACAGAGGAAUUGAAGAAAUACGAAAGUGAAGGUAGCGCAUGCGCGAACCAGCUCCCAGCCACGCAUGCAACAGUAUCACCAAGCCCGGCGCGAAUCGAUCGGCCAGAGCAGACGAGCUGUUGAAGAUUGUCAUUUCAAAAAGAUCAGGCUCACGUAAUUGACUAAAUCCGUGAUAAGGAGGGAAUCAUAAAAAUGGGAAAACGACUUCAGACUGUGGCGGCUAUGGCCUGCAUGAAGACACUGUUGAUGCUCUUCAAUUUUACAUUUUGGUUUUCGAAUUUUUCAUUUUUAUGUGACUUCACCCAGUGUUCCGGAGUUCUAAUGCUAUGCGUGGGAAUCUGGAUCAGAUAUCAGCUGCGGGAUUACGUUGAUUUAAGUGUUGAGGGUGGUGGCGCAGCAUUGGUAGCACUGGCAAUUCUUGGAGCCAUUGUUGGAUCUGCAGCGACCUUAGCUUGUUGCUGUACAGCACGAGGUCAUCCAGCUCUCCUCUACUUGUAUGGGGCUUUUUUAGCUGUGGUCGCAUUACUUGAACUAGGUGCUGGAGCUUCGAUUUAUGCCUACCGUGAUACUCUUACCGAAGGUUUAAAUGCAGGACUUACGAAGAGUCUGGAAGUAUACGGGGAAAAUCAAACUAAGAGUGCUCAUUUGGAUAUUAUGCAAAAAACUUUGCAUUGCUGUGGCAAUAAAGCUUAUACUGACUGGGUAAACUUGAAACCACCAAAAUCAAUUCCGCCCUCCUGCUGCAGCAUACCCGAAGAAGAAUGCGACACUUCGAAACUUGAGGAUAUUUACACGCAGGGUUGCUACAAUCGUGUUAUCGAUCUGAUCAAUAGUAAUAUUGGUCUCGUAGCCGGAAGUGCAAUUGGAGUUGCUGUUUUUCCACUAAUUGGCGUUUUUCUUGCUUGCUGCUUAGCCACUAACAUUAAUAAAGCUAAGUAUGAGCAGGUGGCUUAAGAGCUUUUACUAAGUACGAAUCAAAUGAACCGACGAGAUGGAUAUUAUACUACGAAGAAGUCUGGAUUUUUUCUUACUGAUGCUAAUGAAAGAUCUAGAUGCGGAAGAUGAUUUUGUCGUCAACGAUAACGAUAACCGUUAUUUUUUAACACUGUUUUAGUUAGUCAUAAUUAUCUUUUUUCUUUCGUUCUCUUAAUUUUAUAUUCACGAUGGAAUUUGGAAUAUUAUACUCUGUUCAUUAUUUUAUACUGAAGCAUUAAAUUAAUUUAUUAUAAAUCUUUUUGUCUCUACUGUGCAAAUCGUGAUUAGAAUGUUGUCUUAUUUAUUAUCCACGUAUCUCGUAUUUUCUUAAUUAACUUAACAAUUAGUAUGGAUAUUUAUUAUAGUUUUAGUAUUAUUAUGCGAAGUUACUUAUGGUACGUCCGAUUUAACGACAAGUCAAUUGCCACUGAUUGCAACAAUAAAGUAUAAAACGAUCUUAUGGUAAAAGAAAAGCUUCAAUUUUUUAUUUCUACUGUUAAUUAUCCAAUAGUUGUCACAAAUAAUUUUUUGUUAUAGUCAUUAUUUUAACGAUUAUUGUCAAAGUGAGAUACCCAAAGCGAGAAUUUACUAUCGAUAGUCUAAAGUAAUUAAAAUUGUCAUUUCUAGGUGUUAGAUAACAAAACAUAAUAAUUUAUCGGUAUAAAUCAAUAUACCAAUCUAAUGUAUAUUUCACAAAUAUAUUUGUUAUAUCAAGA